AUGUCGGCAAUGCCGGUAUCGUCAUCGGCUGGUAUCGGUCGGAGUCCACUUCUGACGCCGAGGCACCUCAUCCCGAACCUACAUUAUCUCCGCUGCUCCUCCAACUCCCGCAUCCCACACCACAUCUCCCACCUCACCACCACCAUGUCCAAGCUAUCCAGCGGCCUCAAGGCCCUCAUCAACUCCCCCACCGCACGGCCCAACACUGUGCCGGCCCCCCGCAACAUCCAAUCCGUCUACCAGCACAUCCAGCAGACAGCCGUGGCCAACAACGUCUCGCGUCCGUCCUGGCUCGCCCUGUCGACAGCCGCAACAAUGACCAUGAACUCCCCCGACUCCCUAACCGCCCUCUUCCACCUGGCCGCGCACUCGCAAUCCCCCGCCGAAACCGUCGCCAUCGCCGAGCUCAUGCGCGAAGUCGGCCUGAAAUGCAUCAGCUUCAACGGCAUCCCCCGUACGAUCAACUGCCUCAACGCCUUCAAAGCGAGCCUCCCAGCCUCCGUCGCCGACGCGCUCUCGCGCACGCCCACCCGCACCCCCAGCCCGGGCCAACAUCGCGGACAUCAGCGCGCGCGGCCGCGCCCUCUGGGACUCGAUCUACCGCCCCUUCGAGCGCAAGCUGUACGACAAGCUGGCCGACUCGCACCCGGACCUGCCCGUGCACAUCCUGCACGCGAACUACGGCGCGCUGCUGUCCGACCCGGCGGGGCGGACCACGGGCGCAACCGUCGGCCGCGUCGCGACCUCGGUCGUGGCGGUUGCGUGUCUGCGCGCGCAGACGGGCGUCGCGCCGCAGGUGCUCUCGCAUGUGUUUGGGCUGCGGAAGGCGCUGGAGGAUGGGUCGUGGGUGGAGGAUGCCGAGACGGAGGCUGGGGCGCAGUGGUUGGCGAGUGA